AUGUAUCCACAAGAUGACUUGAAUCUCCGCGAGACCCGCGUACCGCCACGUCCUCUGACGUCACUGCCGCACCUGCGCAGCCAUCUUGUGCUUCGAGCGAGGGGCAGAUCGCAGGCAGAACAAAACAACAGCGCGUUGCGUUACAUGGUCAGUAAUGUCCGUCAAGUGACUGAAUCCGACGAGAAGACAGUGUUGAGUAAAAAAAAAAAAAAAAUUUAUGAUGUCACGGAUCAGGAAUCAUAUAACAAUGUGAAACAGUGGCUCCAGGAAAUAGACCGCUACGCAAGCGAGAACGUUAACAAGUUGCUGGUGGGGAACAAAUGUGACCUUACCACCAAGAAAGUUGUGGACUACACAACAGCCAAGGAAUUUGCUGACUCUUUAGCAAUCCCCUUCCUUGAGACGAGCGCUAAGAAUGCCACAAAUGUGGAGCAGGCCUUCAUGACUAUGGCUGCUGAGAUCAAGAAGCGCAUGGGCCCUGGAGCAACAACCGGAGGAGACAAGCCCAACCUGAAGAUCGAGAGCACUCCUGUGCGGCAGUCUGGCGGCGGCUGCUGUUGAAGAGCCUGAGCGUGCACACACACAUACACACACAACCAUCCCUUUCCCUCAUUUUCAAAACGAAUUUUCUCACACACACCAAAAAAAAAAGCAUCAUUCUCACGGGAGGAACCACUGCAUUAAGAGCCAACGUUUAACAGCCUUACGGCUUCAUUUAUGACACCAUAGUCUUCUUGUUUUUAUUCUCCUUAGCCUUUCCUUUUGUGUAUGACACCUCACCCCUUUUUCCUCCCUGUGCACAUUAAUAACCCCACCCACAUCCAUAACCCCGCCUUCUGUACUUAAAGUCCAGGAUGGAGCUUUAGUACAGUCAUAUGUUCAUGUAUAGAAACAAACAAGAGCAGAUCUAGGGGCGAUUCUCAAAUCCUCCUUUUAAACAACUAGCGAGGUUGCGUUAAGAACGUUAACCCGUCUCUCUAGUAUUUCUAAUUCUCUCACACGCCGUCACUUGAAUGAGGUUUUGUGGGCGAAAGCAUGGCUUCUGGGGCUGAAUCGACAGGAAGUCAACUGCAUACAAAGUCGGCAAUAUUCUAUACUUGUUCUCAUCCUACUAGUAUAUUAUUGUUAUUAUGGUGAUUUUUAAGACUGAUUUGUUAAUUUUUUUUUUCUGUAGGUUUUUGUUUUUCUAAUGAAGGCUUGUACAAAGGCUUACUGCUGUCAUUGAUAUAGUCUGGUCAGGGAAGAGGCGGAUAUG